AUGAUGGCGUGCCCUUCGUCCAAAAUUAGCCUAGUGCCGGCCAACCUCCACCACAGCGGAAUUGCGUCGGCUCAAUUACGCAAGUGGUUGGAGGUUCAAAGGACGGCCAUAGCCUUAAUCCAGGAGCCGUGGGUUGGGGCUGGUAAAAUUAAAGGCCUAAACAACCUAAAAGAGACAUGUAUGCCGUGGCAGUACAAUAUACACAGGAGAGAAGAUUAG